UAGGGUGUCAGCCACAGCUGUUCAUAUUUUCACAAAACUUCAAAUCAUCAACAAAAUCAAAUAAAUAAAGCUCCCAGUUGAAAAUAUUUUAUUGUAUUUUUGAGAUGCCAAAGGUGCGCCGCAGUCGCAAACCCCCGCCAGAUGGCUGGGAGCUCAUAGAACCCACUUUGGAGGAACUCGAGCAAAAAAUGCGCGAGGCCGAGACUGAACCGCACGAGGGCAAGCGCAUCACGGAAUCAUUGUGGCCAAUUUUUAAGAUUCACCACCAGAAGACGCGCUACAUAUACGAUUUGUUCUACCGGCGUAAGGCCAUUAGCCGGGAACUAUACGAUUAUUGCCUAAAGGAAAAGAUAGCUGAUGGCAACCUGAUUGCCAAGUGGAAGAAGUCCGGAUACGAGAAUCUUUGCUGUCUGCGUUGCAUCCAGACGAGGGACACGAAUUUCGGCACCAAUUGCAUCUGCCGGGUGCCAAAAUCGAAGCUGGAGGAGGGUCGCAUUGUCGAGUGCGUCCACUGUGGAUGCCGCGGAUGCUCUGGAUAGAUCGGACACGCAUGGGACGUCCCGAGAAGGUCCUGCAUCCUCAGUCGGUAGUUUCCAUUUUCAAUUUCAACUUAGUUUGUAAAUACAUUUUAUACAACAAACGCAGCCGAACAUAAAGACAAGAAAACCAACGAAUAAAAAGGUCCAUGCAAAGCCAGCGAACUAUGUA